AUGACAGGUACCCCCUCACAUCUGACGCAUUUCGGUGGUUACCGUAAUCAUAGAUACUGUGCGUGGUACCUGUUAAGUCACAAUUUGGGGAUUUAUAUUACCAUAACCUCUGCACCAAUUUCUGGGCUGCCUACAUACUCUAUUGUUUCACAUCUUGAUGAUCUAAUGAUUGGAAGAUACAACAGCGAUAUUCGCCAAGUUGAGUCUUUGUAUAUACCAACUAAUGAAAGCUUAUUGGAUGAGCUGACUAAGAUUUCUCAGAACUUUGAGGAAGCCCAUAAAGCUCUUACAGAGUUUCUUCUGAAAUUGUUAAACGAUAGAAUUGACUCUUGGGCAAUUUACAUUCACCAAAUAAAGUUUGCCUGUAAACUGUAUGACGAUGGCUUUAUUGGCGGAUUUGAAAAACAUGCUCUUAAUGGAGAGGAGUAUGUGGUCUUUGAUAAAGAGAGAUCGAUGUAUAUACCAACAACACCUAUUGCUAAGAUCAUAACAGAUAUAUGGAACAGUAAAAUAAAAAAUGAGUCAAAUUUAAAAUCUUUAAUAGAGAAUGACUGCAUAGGGUGGUUGAAUAAAAUCAAAUUAUUGGUAAAGAAUGAGCUGGAGAAAAAAGUUCCCCCAAAAGUGAAGGUUUCUUAUCUCCAGUCAGACAAGAUCACCAAGCUUCAUUGCUUUGUGUAUGGGUUUUACCCUCAAGCUGUGGAUGUAAAAUGGAUGAGGAAUGAUACUGACGAUGUCUACUCAGAAGAAGCUAAGCAGGUCUUCCCCAACCCUGAUGGGACCUUUCAAAUUAGAGUCACUGUGGAGAUAACAACACCCAUGUAUGGGGAGAGCUUUUCCUGUCAUGUGGAUCACAGCAGCCUGAACAAUACGAUGAUAAUUUUUUGGGAACCCAAGAGGAACAACUCAACAAUCUACAUUGUGAUUGGAUUUGUUCUUGUUACACUAGUCUUCGCUGUUGUUGGAAUUAUAAUAAAGAAGAAGGUUUCAUUAAGUCACAACCUGAGGAUUUACAUUACCGCAACCUCUGCACCAAUUUCUGGGCUGCCUACAUAA